UUUCGAAAAUUUGUAUUUAUCACAAAAAAAACACACAUUUAACUGUUUAUAGUUUUUAAUACAUCAUUGGAAAAUUAAUUAUAAUACUUAAUGAAGAGUAAAUUAAUUAAUUCAAAAUCAGGUGCGGCCUUGCGGUGCAAACUUUAGCCCAGCCCUGCUCGAAAGUAAACAGCGCACGUCCUCCCUGGUCGCCCCUCCCUUCUGCUCGGUCGGUAUAAAACAUCCGGCAGCGACCUUUUCACCCGCCUGCUCGCACGUCUCAACGACCUCCACCAUGUCCUUCUUGGCUCCUCCUGGUUACCAGCCUGUCUACUCCCCCAGCAUUCCGUAUCUGGGGCCAAUCUACGGAGGUCUGCGGGAGGGAGCUUCCAUCUACAUCCAGGGCUUGGUUCCGGACAAAAUUACCAGGUUCUCUGUGAAUCUGCUAUGCGGACAGUCCGAUUCCAGCGACGUGGCCCUGCACUUCAACCCACGCUUCGACGGCUGGGACAAGGUGGUCUUCAACAGCCGGCAGAACGCCGCAUGGGAUGCGGAGGAGAAGAUCCGUGACAUGCCCUUCAGCAAGGGCAAGGCCUUCGAGAUGGUCAUCGUGUGCUCCCUGGAGGGCUACCAGUUCAAAAUUAAUGGGAAGGACUUCUACACCUUCAAGCAUCGCCUCCCUUUGGCCAGAGUGCGCGGCAUGGAGAUCGCAGGAGAUGUUUCCAUUCAGACCAUUAACGUCAUUGGGGCUGGUGGCUCGGGAAUGGGGCAGCAGGGAGGCGGCAUGGGAGGCAUGCCAGGAUGCGGGGCUGCAGGCCCUGGUGGCUGUCCCGGGGGCAUAGGAGGCAUCAUCGGGGGUGGAUUCCCAGGAUCAAAUCUACCGAGCAUGAGCGGCCAGCCGAUUUACAACCCUCCGAUCCCGUUCUCGGGCGUGAUUCCAGGAGGAAUGUUCCCAAAGAGGACAGUCGUCAUCCGAGGCAUGGUUCCCCGCCAUUCAAAGAGGUUCAGCAUUAACUUCAUGGUGAGUAGAUCUGGUGACGUCCCCUUCCAUAUGAACCCGCGCGUGAAGGACGGCGUGGUGGUGCGCAACAGCAUGGAGGGUGGCUGCUGGGGCCAAGAGGAACGCCAGCUUGGGGCCAACCCCUUCGAGGAGGGCCAGUACUUUGACAUGUCCAUCCGUUGCGGCACCGACCGCUUCAAGGUGUUCCUCAACGGGCAUCCGCUGUUCGAUUUCACUCACCGCACGCGCGCCGUCACCGAAAUCGACAAGCUGGAGGUGGCGGGUGACGUGCAGAUUUCCUACAUCCACUUCUAAAAGCACGCUCGGUUUGUACUCAGCACCACACUUGUGUGAUAUCUCCAUGGCAACCAACAUCAGGACCAAAGAUUUAUUUUUUGUUCAAAAUACUGGAGAUACUUUAUCAAAGCUUGAUUAAUAAAAACAAUUGAAAAAAACGUCACUUGUAAAGUCAGAGUACCACUUUUCAACGGGAACGCAAGCCAAAUAUUCUUUGUGUCCACAUUCUUUCAUGAUUGUGACAACAGUGAAUAAACCAAGGAGCCCGUCAUUUAGAAUCUUUAAUUUUAUUGUAUUAUCAGUAGGAUAUAUAUAUAUAUAUUAGCAAAAUUUGUUAACUGCUAUUUGACAUUUUAUUUUAAAAUGCAAUUUGAGAAACAGGACAACACAAUGCUCGUUCACUCAUCAGUCAGUGCCUGAAAAGGCCACUAGGUGUCAGUAUUGCUUUGCAAAAACUUUACUGUCCCCUCUUUGUAUUGCGUCUAUGAUAGAGUAGUUGUACUUUGGAGUUUUGUGUUUCAUUUUACAGUGGUUAACUUAAAUGUUGCACUCGCAUGAGAGUGGCGAAUGUUAAAAUGUGACUUAAAACAUUGCCUGUUUUACUUGACAUUAAAUAGUUUCCUGUGGGGGGGAGGGAAAGGCAGGGGAAUUGGAUGUCAUCGAGGUCAGGAGCUAAGUUUAGCCUGGGUUGUUACCAAGUCUUUGCCACAUAGGGCACUUUUUUUUUUUCUAAAUCAAAUCACUUGAGACAUUUAUUGGGAUCGUAAGUUAAGUUUGAAAAGAU